CCGCGGAGGCGGGCACGCGAGUGUCAUUGGCGGCUCGUCUUUCGAAUGCGAACUGUGGGUGAUAUGCGCAGCCCGUCGAUUUCGAUGAUGCAAAACCGCCCACCUCCUACCACCCCGUGCUGGUCGUCUUCUGUGAGCCACUAUAUUCGACUCCUCUACUUCCACGCUUUGUCGUCAUCGAAAGUUUGCAGAUCUGUGUGUCGUGUUUUGCUGCAGGAGCGCAUGGCUGACAUGGUGAGGAAGACAGCUCUGCUAAUUAUUCUGCUUGGGGCGGUGGUGUCGUUCAUUGCUCUGCACGCGUGCCACCUGGCCGGUGCUCGCAUCCGACGUGGAAGGAGGAAGGGGUUGAAGAGGCUUCAACAGGGCGCUUCGGCGAGCAAAGGGAUGGGCGACGCACCAGCGCGAGUAGAAAGCACGGGAGGGGGUGUAGGUCCCAUGUCCGCAUUGCUGGGCGAAACGCGGGGUGGAGGCCGUCUUCCAUUCGACUUGCAACUCUCACCGGCGACCACCAUGGACGUGUCUAGAAUGGUCCUCGUCCAGCGGAGUGGACAUGGUGGCGGCACCAGCACGCAGACAAUGCAUGCCACCGACCUUGACGACGGGAUGUCAAUGCAUCGGCCGAACCACGUGUCAAGGCCUGCGCCGAGCCAUGCCGGACCUGCUGCCAGCGUGCCGUAUCACCAACCUACGGCAGGCGCGGCCAUGCAGGAACGGAGGCCUGAUCUGGGCGGUGUUGCGGAAUCCCCUCGAUGUGUGGAGCGUAUUGUUUGCCGCUUCAAUAGCUUGCGGGCGACCAGCGAUGGUGAUGGAGCACGACCGGACAGUGGUGCCAGUGAGGCGGACCACGUCGACGUUGAAGACGACGAUGGUGACGACGAUGAGGAAGACAAAGCUUCGGUCAAGGAAGCAGCCUCCAGUGGGAUGAAAAAGCAAGCUUCCAAAGGUCGUGGGAAAGUGAAGGGAAAGGAUAAGGAAGGUGAUAGAAACGGCGAGGGUGGCGGGAAAGUGUGGGACAGGGAGAAGGACUCGGGACUGCAAUCGUACUUCCUCAUGAGCACGAAAGCACGGAAGGAGAAAGGUUACACGUUCAAUCUAGACCGCACUCUGUAUGACGCGAUCCACAUCAUGCAGGGGAACAACCAGGCCGAUCACCCGCCGAAUCUCGUGGACACAGACAACAGACAAGGACAACAACCACAACAAGGUGACCAAAGCCAAGCGCUUGUGGGUGGUGGGAAAGCAAACACUUCGGCGAGCGACAACAAGGAAGCGGAUGCGGGUGACGGGUGUGGCAGCAGGUCGUCUUCUAACGACAUUCAUGGCAAGCGGAAGAACGCGAGGCAACUGGCUUUCGAGGCGGUGACGGAUGUGAUGAAAAUGCACUCCACCGUAGUCGCAGAGUCCAUGGACCGCGCGAGCAAGCGGCAGUGCGACGUGCUCCAAAGGCAGUGCGACAUAAUGGAUAGGGAGGCGGGAACGCAGGAGAGGCAAUGCGAAGUUCUGGACGUCGGGCAACGGAUGCUGUGUGAUGCUCUACUUAAGAUCGCAUCGACAUUGGCCAGGGAUUGAUUGCGAGGUUGUGACAGCAGAGCACACCCCAAAACCCAGGCAAGUGUGCUUGGAGGGGCGGUUCGCGGGGUGUCAUUUCAUGGAUAGA